AUGCGGCACAUCAACCAGGAGCUCCUCCACCUACAGUUCCCCGGACCACUGCGGCUGGCAGAGGCCACCGAGUACCUUGAAGACAACCAACGAGUAGUCGACUGCUUACUUGCGCUACUGGAACAGAGACGGAAGGAUAUUGGUGUGCGCGAUAUGAUGGAUGAGGAAAUGCGCAGGGGGAUGGGCGAGGAGGAGCAGCUACGCGUAGUGGUUGCGCGGCUGAAACGCGAAUUGGAAGCAAAGGAGAGAGAAGCGUUUGGCGCUGGGAGAAUGGCUGUGGAGGCUGGGAGGGCGGCGGAGGAGGCGGAAGUGCGCAGGAAGAAAUGCGCUGCGGAGUUGAAAACUGUUAGAGCAGGGGCGACGUCGGGGAGAGCGCAGUUUUUGCACGAGGCGCGGAAACGUGAAAUGGAAUGCGCCAAGCUGAAGGACCGCGUGCAGCGGAUGAUCGCAGAUAAAAUGCGCUCAGCCAAGGCGAGCGUGGAGAUUAUUAACCCCACGGGCGCUGUGGACAUUGUUGGUGCUGGUGCUGCGGGUGGCAGAGACCAGGCGAUGUUUCGCCAGGUGGUGGCGGACUAUGAGGCGCGGGAGGCUGGGCUUGUGGCCUGCACUGAGGCACUGCAGGGCAUGCUGGCUGUGGUGGUUAAGGGGCUGGCGCCGCUGAUGCGCGAUUGUGGGUUGGGCGAGGGUGCGGCGGCGCUGGUGGCUGAGUUCGACCGCGAAGUACCGCCUGCGGGCGUCGACGCUGUGGUGGAGGCUCUGGAGGCCGUGCGCCGCCAUGUUGCCGAGCUGCGGCACACACCGCCGGCGCCAACGCCUAUUGUCAUUGCCGCCGUGCCACCUGUGCCACCAAAGGAACCAAAGGAACCAUUGGCGCCAAUGGCACCAAUGGCGGGCGUGGAUUUGGCCGCGCUUCGUAGCCGCGACGAAACGAUUCUGCGGCUGCAGCGCAAUAUCAGCGAGCUAGUGGGCCAGGCCAACUACCAAAAAGCUGUCCUGGAGGAGCAGCGGCAAUGCAUGGAGCGGUUGACAGCAGAGCGUAUCGAGAACAAUGCCCAGGCGGCGGCAGUGCGUAUGCUGGACGAAUCGUUUUCAGGGCUUUCAGCUGCCAACGAGUAUUCAGUGCUGGACCUUGCCGGAGACGCCGACGUGGCUGAGGGCGCGGACAUGACUCUGUCGACGCCGGAGAUUCUGGGCCAAAUGGGCCAGCUGCGUGGGGCGGAGCCCUUGGGACACCGACGCAGUCGAUCAAAUGCAGCAGCGCGGCCUGGUUGGGCAGCGCAUGCUCGAGGACGACUCGUUCGACAUGGACGACCAGCGGCAGCAGCAGCCUGGGAACGAGGCGGUGGACGCCGACAUGGCGUCUCUGACGAAGCAGACACUGGCCAGCACAGCAGCAACAGCAGCAGCAGCAGCAAGCAUCCAGCUCCGCCUCUGCGCCAGCAUCGCGCCCCGACUCAAGCGCAGGCGCAGGCAACAGCACUGCAGCGCCUUCGACUCCGUCUGCCCAUCAGAAACAGCUGCCGUCGCGGACUCCCGUAG